AUGUCAGCGCCAAGAGAACUUGGGCCUCAGCCGCAAUGGGUGCAGUUCCCGUUUUGUUUCCUACCAUCUUACAUGCAGCCGGCGGUGUAUAAAGUGCUCUGUGUACCGGGCCUCGCAGACCCUUUGGAAUAUCUACCAGAAGAACCAGUCAUGCCCCGAACAACAGAGUACUUUGGUGCGACGGUCACCAACCUCGGUCCCCUUACGACUACGUACUCUGCGCCGUCGUCAUGCGCAACUGGUUAUCGCGCGUGGGGGGUGGCAAGAAAUGUAAGCUACACGGGCGGCAUGAUCGGCCAGUAUCAGGGCCAGGCGGGCAGUCUGUGUGAGCAACAGUCCAUAAGUGACUGUAUUCCAUCUGGUACGAAGAUGGAUGAGCUGAUGGCUUCGGCUGCUGCUACCACGACCAACGACUACUUGCCGUAUUAUUCGCCGGGGCUGAACUGUCCUGCUGGCUGGGAGACUGUGGGCGUGGCUACGGGAUCAGGGAGGCCGACUUCUGGUGCUGGUCUGCAUGAGACGCCAAAGGGGGCGAAGGGUGUGUUUACUGAAGAUCCGUGGCCGUAUCCUCCUAGUAGGACGCAGCCUGUUCCGUUGCCGCUCGUGAAGCAGUACAUGGCUAUACUUGAGGAUACGGAGACGAUUGUUCUUUGCUGCCCUAGUGGCUUCAAGGCAGUUGAUGGUGCAUGCGGUUCGGAAGUAGGACGUGCUACCGAUGUUGGAGUUUCAAAGGCGUGUCUGCAGGCUUACACGGCUCCGUUGCCUACCGCUGCUGUGACGAGCUACGAUGGCGUGACGUAUAAUCCGCCGAUAUAUACGUGGACUGCGAAUCCGUCGGGAGUGAAGAACCACACGUCGGAUAUUCCUGGGACGAGGACGAGUGACGAGUUCUAUGUGACGUCGACGGUGCGUGCGCUGGCUCUUAUUCACAACGACAAGGAUAAAGGUAGUGGGGUGGAUAGGAAGGGUGUAUCGGUUGCUGGAUUGGCUUUGGCUUGUUUGGCGGUUAUAGCUGUUGUUGCUUGA